CACCCGCGAAAACCUCAGAAAACGUAUGUAUGUAUGUAUGUAUGUAUGUAUGUAUGUAUGUAUGUAUAUGUAUAUAUGUGUGUAUAUGUAUAUAUGUAUGUAUGUAUGUAUGUAUAAUGUGUAUAUAUGCCAGUUUCUUAAUAUUAGCAAUCACGGUUGGAUAUUCAGAAGGGCUUACUGUGGGACAAUUAAUGAUCACAGACACAAUAAUGUAUUAAACGAGUAACGUUGAUGAAGACGGUCUGGGACAAACUCAGGAAAAUAAAUGCCAACUACAGGCAGGGCAUGACUUAAAAGGUGGCAUGGCAAAGCCUGGCCAAGAGGCACGUGAGGGAAGAGCUGACCUGGAUCUUGCAGGCAGCCCAGGCGGUUCCCGAAGGGAUCCUGAAAAAAACGCCGUGGGCCUCUCUGGAGCUGCCCUCUGCCCUAAGACGGGAACAGUGGAGAAAUGGUUUGGAAAGGCCCGUCAGCAGAGCAGACCUAUCGCAGAAGCCAAUCGGUAGUUCUUGGGUGCCUUCCAUAGGCCCCUGCGGCGGCAUUCCCAGCAGCGGUGGAGAAACUGGGCAGAGGAAGAAGCAGCAGCUUGUUUGAACCCUCCACUGCAGGGCAAGCCACCGAAAGCUGUGCCACUUCUAACAGGACACUCUUGGGGGGAUAGGAAGGCAUCCUUUCUGCCCAUCUCAAAUGAGGGUAGACUGCCUCUAGGCCUUGAGGCUCAGCUUCUGUCCAACAGCUGCCACCACCCUCGUGGAAGGAGCUGGCCAGUCCCUCCUCCACCGUGGAUAUUUGAAAUAAACCCACUGGAUGAGCUCACGCCCAUGUGCCCGUCUCUCCUUGAAGCAAGCAAGCGUUGAGCUGCAGCUUCCCCCUGGGAAAACCGCUGGGAAAAGUUUAGCCCCGCUGCCUCGAGAGAAGGAAGUCGGCAUUAGGACCCAGGAGGGAGGCUGCUGCAGUGGAGGCCUGGCUCCUUCAGCCCUUUGGAAAGUAAGACCCAGGCGAGGAGGUAGAGCAAGUCAGCCGGAGAGGGAGAAAGACCACCAAGCUGCUCGGCUCCAAUUCAGCUACCCCCAGACCAGCAUGAGGACUCUUCUGGCCCUCCUCCUCCUAUGCCUGCCAGCAGCGCUUCUGGCUCAGGGGCAGUAUGACCUCGAUGACCCCGCCUACCCCGAGCCCCCGUACGCCCCUUAUGAAAUCGAGAGCCAGGAUUACUACGAUUAUGCCGGGAACGAUCUCUCCCCCCAAACUCCGGAGGAGCACUUCCAGUCCCAGCAGCAGAACCAGCAGGAGGUCAUCCCUGCCCCGACCCCAGAUGUUUCUGAGACGGAGCCCACCGAACCGGGGCCCCUUGACUGCCAGGAGGAGCAGUACCCCUGCACCAGGCUGUAUUCCAUUUACAAGCCUUGCAAGCAGUGUCUGAAUGAGAUCUGCUUCUACAGUCUCCGCAGGGUUUACGUGAUCAAUAAGGAGAUCUGCGUCCGUACGGUCUGUGCUCACGAAGAACUCCUAAGAGCCGACCUCUGCCGUGACAGAUUCUCCAAGUGUGGCAUCAUGGCGACCAGCGGCCUUUGCCAGACUAUGGCCACCUCUUGUGCUCGGAGUUGUGGCGGCUGCUGAGCGGGAAGGAGCCGUGGCAGCGGGGGAGGCGCUCCUGGACCACGCAUGACGCCACCGAUUCGCGCCCUGAGGAACAGCAGCCCUCCUUGGCCCUCUCUCCCGCCGCAGCAGGGGCACACCUGCAGGGCUGCUCAUUCCUGGCGUGACUCGGCAGGGACCCACUGCCGUCCCUCCAGCAUGCCGACCGUCACCCAGCGAACCGGGUCUUGUAAUUGCAACCUGUUAUUUUUUUGUACGAACCGUUCUCUCCCUUAUUUUUUUUUUUCUACAAAACGAUUAAAAAAAAGAUAAACAGACCAAACGUGUCACAAUUUGAUUUGUAAGUCAAAGUUUUUUUUUUUUGUUUUUUUGGGGUGAUGGCGCGACAGGAGCCCUCCUCCCUGCAUUCUCACCACCCUUCUGAAAAAGAAAGGGGGCAGAGGGUGGGAAACACUCAAGUCUUAUUACAAAAAUAUCCCCCUUCUACGUUACGAGGCCCAGGGGCAAAGCCUGCAAAACGGACAGUUCCUCUGAUAUAAAAAAAUGACUUCCUACUUUCCUUGAUUGGGGGGCUACAUAAAGAGCCAAAACAGAGAGAAAUACGCACCUGAUUAGGAUCUACCGUUAGAUUUAAAAAAAAA